GAAAUGGCGAGUGACUAUCAUGCGCAUCGAGCAGGAAGUGAAAAGAGCCCCGGAGCACGUCGUCGCGGCGUUCCUCCGCCAUCAUGCCCCCAGCGGUGGUCGUCAGAGAGCUCUCCGCGGCUGCCCUGUUGGUUUUGCUCGGGACCUGGUUUGAGGCGGCCGCCAGCGGUGAGUGCAGCCUCUCUUACGUUAUGCGAGCGAAUGUCACAUCCACGCAGCGUUACGUCACGUUAUGUGACGCUGCGCGAGCAAAUGUGCUUGCAGUGCUUCCUCCUUCACAGCAGGUGGCCUACCAGGGUGAGGCGGUCACGUUGUCUUCCGGCGGCGACCCGUCCCGGGAGCUGGCCUCCAUCAAGUGGUACGUGUUUUCCAACCAGACUUGGAUCGCCACCUUUCAUGGCGGCAAGAUAAACACGGAGCGCUUCUACCUCUUCAGAGGACGACUCACUCUCAACGCUUCAUCGGGCGACCUGACGAUCCGCAACGUGAGCCGGCGGGACGCCGUGGACUUCAGCGUGGAGCUCGUGGACACGGAGAAGCGCAGCGUGGAAAGAGUGGUGACGCUGGUGGUGAGGAGACACCUCCAGAUACCGAGCAUACGGACGCUCUUUUCCGUGCAUUUGGACGGCGGCUGCUGGGUGGGGCUCGACUGUUUGUCUCCGGAUUUGGACGCCAACCUCUCUUGGACGCUCGAACCCCCGCUUCCAACUGCCUACGCCAUGGCCGACCCCAGCGGCAAGGGCGGAGUUCUUCUGGCGUCCCUCGCCUCCCGCGACACCGCCCACUUCACGUGUACCUCCAGCCGCAAACCGGAGAACGUCUCGGACAGCAUCCGCGUCGCGUGCGUGACGGCGACGGAGCCGCGGCCUCGACGCCGGCACAGCCUUUUCGUCUUGGCGGGAAUUGUUAGCGGCGGACUUCUGGUGAGCGUCACGCUCGCGGGCUUGACAGCAGGUGUGGGAAAAGGAAGCCCCGACAUCGCGGCCGCCCGACGCCACCGUCAUCCUCCACUCAGCCACCGACAAGCGGAUCAAGAAGAUGGGAGGGGAGUAAAAAAAGAAGACGACGGAUAGAUGUCGGAUGACUUUUGUCCUUGUUGGACAACGUUGCAUCGGGAAUGUAUCGGCAGCGCUUCACCUUUCCCACCACCGCAUUUGCCGCGUCCGACAGCCUGCUUCCAAAAUGGACUGAGUUCAAAUCCCAACUGUUCACACGGCGCCCCAUCGUGACAAUGGCUGUCCUGUCUUGGAGAUCAGUGGGGGGGGGAGGUGAACUUGAGGAGACCUUUCAGCCAUCUGUAUUUUUUUUUUUUGGGCACGAGGGGGUUCUUUCUUUUACCCCCUCACCUUUGAACCCAGGUGUUGCUGUUUGACU